AAAGGAAGACUGGCACUGCUCAUGGAGGGAUAAACCGAGGCUGCAGCACAAAGGGAGGCUGAUUAUAUAUGUGUAUGAAUGUGUGCCUGUCUGAAUCCACCGUUUUAUUCCUGCUUCAGAACGAGAAAUCGGAUAGCCAGCCCUAGCUAACGCGGGCUGUACAGUGGGAGUAAGUAAUGCGCCUAGAUUUACCCAGUGAACAUGGAUGACAAGUCCAACAAGCUUCUGUUAGCGUUGGUUAUGCUGUGUCUCUUCGGCGUGAUCGUAUUGCAGUACGUUUGCCCAGGCUCCGAUUGCCAGUUGCUUUUGCGCCUUCAAGCCGGCUGGGGCUCGUCUUCAUCAGCGGGCGGCGCUGCGGCUUUCUCCGGCGGAGGCGGCGGUGGUGGCGACCCUUACCGGGCAGAGGACGGGACUCUGGCUCGCUUCGUGCCCCGCUUCAACUUCUCUGAAGGCGAGCUGCGGCGCGCAGUGGACUUCAACAUCAAGGGGGACGACGUGAUCGUCUUCCUGCACAUCCAGAAGACUGGGGGCACAACCUUCGGGCGACACCUGGUCCGCAACAUCCUGCUGGAGCAGCCGUGCGAGUGCCGGACCGGCCAGAAGAAGUGUACCUGCCUCCGGCCCGGAAAGAAGGAGACCUGGCUGUUCUCUCGGUUCUCCACGGGCUGGAGCUGCGGGCUGCAUGCGGACUGGACCGAGCUCACGAACUGCGUGCCUGCGCUCAUGGACAUCAAGGCGGAGCCCACGCCGCAGAAACCCCGCAGGAACUACUACUAUAUCACGAUCCUGCGGGACCCGGUGUCACGGUACCUGAGCGAGUGGCGCCAUAUGCAGCGGGGGGCCACGUGGAAGGCAUCUCUGCACGUGUGCGACGGGCGCGCCCCCACCCCCUCCGAGCUGCCCGCCUGCUACUCGGGGGACGACUGGUCGGGCUGCACGCUGGCAGACUUCAUGGACUGCCCCUACAACCUGGCCAGCAACCGGCAGGCGCGCAUGCUGGCCGACCUCAGCCUGGUGGGCUGCUACAACCUGUCUGUGAUGGGCGAGGAGCAGCGCAGCCGCAGCCUGCUGGAGAGCGCCAAGCGCAACCUGAAGGAGAUGGCCUUCUUCGGGCUGACGGAGUUCCAGCGCAAGACCCAGUACCUGUUCGAGCGCACCUUCCACAUGCGCUUCAUCAGCCCCUUCACCCAGUUCAACAGCACCCGGGCCGCCGGCGUGGAGGUGGAGCCCGAGACCCAGCGGCGCAUCCGGGAGCUCAACGUCCUGGACGUGGAGCUCUACGAGUACGCCCGGGACCUCUUCCUGCAGAGGUUCCAGUACGCCCGGCAGCAGGAGCACAGGGAGGCCAGGAGGAGGCGCCAGCAGGAGAGGAGGCGGCUCCUCCGGGGCAGGCUGCAGUGGAUGCGGCAGGAGGAGGAGGAGCUAGCCUGGGGGCAGGAGGAGAACUCCACUGGGGGGGACUACAUGGGCAAUGUGGAGAGGUGGCGGCGGUAAUGCAGGGCUCGUUCUCUAGCUUUGAGAGAGGGUGGGAUUUCUUCAUCCAGACUGGGGGGGAAUGUCAAGCGUUUACACUGUGCUUGGGGACAGAAGUGUGUUCAUUUGAAAACCGAAAUCAGAUUUUUUUCCAAUCAAAGACCUGAAGCCAUUGUGAAUUCGCACUAGACUCGGAACCAAAUGAAACUGAAGCGAAUUCAGUUGAAAGUAAAAAGCCAUCCCAAAUUCACACUGAACUUGAACCAGAAGCGAAUUCUUCAGAUUUAAGACUGCAGUAAUUUCUGAAGUCGUUCCAGAUUUGAAAGCGGCUGCGCUUUUCUUGUUUUAUUUCUGUUGAAGGACCCGGAGCCUGUUGAACCCGUGUCUCUAAAGAGACGGCAUGCAGAAACAUCCCCCUCCUGAGGGGGCUUAGAAUUUUACAAUUUUAACUUCCAACAGCCUCUGCUUGCUUGGUUUAUUUAUUAUACCUUUUAAAUGUGAGAAUCAAGUCUUCGGACUCAGUGCAGGAUUAAGAAUAUACACGAACAUCUGUACUGUAACGUGUGGUAUUUCUAGGGGUGUUGAGGUACCAGCUCAUAAGACUCCAUUAGUCAACAGGAGUAAUCCAAUCCCAUCUCAUCCUGUUAGAACACUUUUACUGUGCCUCAUUUAACAUUCCAGAAGUAUUCUUAGUUCAAAACGGUGCAAUAGUAACAUUAAGCUUAUUUUAAUUUUUAACACUGGGAAUCUCUUUUAAUGUGUGCAAAAUUUAAUUAGUUUAACAAAAAAGCUGCUGCUUGUAUCAGAACCGUAUGAUUUAGAAGUGAACUCCCAUUGCAUAGCUGUCUGCAGUCCUGAGUCGUUCGGGGUUUUACUUUUCCCAUGCAAGUUGUAUAGACCAGUAAUCCUUUAGUGACUCUGCACUGGGAGCUUGACACUGGACCUCAUGCUUUGAAUGAUCCAGUGCAUCACUCACCCUGCCCUGCUCUUCCACUGGGAUUCUGUCUCCUCUUCUACGUGAUGCAAUGUCCCAACCCGGUGGCUGCAUUGUGUAAUUGUAGCCAAAUGUGAACUUGAAUGUUCAGAAUACUUUCAUUGCAAAGCUGCUGUCUUCUACACACAAGUACUGUAAAAUGUCUUAACUGUCUUAUGCAAGUGUUUUGGGGCUAUGGUUUGUUUGAUACCUGUGUUGAACUAAUUCUGAGAUGAUUUGGAGCAUGUCUGUGCUUGCUGGGCUGAGGGAUCACAUGACACUUGAUUCUAUUGGCUCUUCCAGCUUCUGUACAGCAUCAGGGGCCAACAGAUUAGAACAAGCAGUGGGUCACAUGACAUCAGCGUGGGAGAAACACACCUUGCUAAAACACAGCCUUUUGCAAGCUGGCUCAAAGCCAGCAAGGCAGAACUGCAUUGCACAGGACUGCCUUGUGACAUCAUAGUAGUGUAUGGACGUAUAGUAUAUAUAGAAAUGUUUAAUCUUGAUCCGCGCACACUCUUCCUGUGAGUUCAAACUAGAACUGGUUCCUGAUGUCCAAUUUCCUUUUUGAAGCCUUAAGUAAAUGUGACGCUGACUGUAGAAAAGGAGGUGGGAGGGGGUGUGUUCUCUUUGCCUGUUUUUUUUUUUUUUUUUUUACAUGUGCAUGGGGGGCUGACUGGAUUCUGUCUGUAAAUAUGUUGAUUUUGUACAUAGGGAAUGUCUGAGACUGAAAGCUGCUUUGCCAUAAAUAAAAUGCCUUCUGCUUUUAAUGGUGUCCUUGCUUUCCUGAGAGACCCUCAAGUGAACCUUUCUUUACAUUUUUGCUUUGCUUUUUUGUCACCCUGUCAACUACGAUGCACUUUAUAAACAACAGGGGGCACUGAAUUCUAAACAAUUCAGCCACUCCUGUCAGAAAAAAACUAAAUACAAGUCUGUCCCUUCCUUAAAAAAAGUGAAUGCACUCUUCUGGUGACACAGGACACAGGACACUAGUUCCUUUAAUCCUUCCAGGUGUAUACCUGUUGAGACAGGGGCAGGCAGAACAAUACAAUCCACACUGCCCCUGCAGCCCCGACUGAAUGAAGAACAACAGUGCUCUAGAGUGAUCCUGGACCAGCGUGCUGCUGCAUUACAGCAGCUUAUAGGCUGCUUUCACAGACCCCAGUUAGCACCAGUGUUGUGCUACCUAAGCUUACCAUGGGCAAUUAAGGGCUGAACU